AUGGACGAACGUUUGCUGAACGAUCUGCUGGAAUGCUCCGUGUGCCUGGAACGGCUGGAUUCCUCGUCGAAAGUGCUGCCUUGCCAGCAUACCUUCUGCCGGAAAUGUCUCGAGGAAAUCGUUGCCAGCCACCAGGAGCUGCGCUGCCCGGAGUGUCGCGUCUUGGUCGAGGUGCGAAUAGACGAGCUGCCGCCAAACGUGCUACUGAUGCGUAUCCUCGAAGGCAUGAAAACCGCGGAGCUAAACAACCAGAACACGAACCAGAACGCCACUAGCAACAACAAACCCACGGGCAAUCGCAAUCAAUCACAGGGAGCCUCACCGCCAACGGGUGGAGGCAACUAUCAGCAACCGCCGCCGCCACCGCAGCAACAUCCAUCAUCGGGCGGUGCUAAAAUAGGUAAAUCGUUAGCCUCGGGAGUGGCUUCCGGCCAGGCAACGGAGCAAGGGCAACCGCAUCCCCAGCACCACCACCAUCAACCCCUGUCGCGCAUAAUUGGCUCCAAUGCUUCGUCGGGCACGACCAACAGCAGCUCGCUGGACCUUUCCAAGAUCCCACACGCGAAAGCGUUCUACGAUUUUUCCUCCAGUGAAACCAGUGAUAUUAGUUUCCGCAAGGGUGACAUCAUAAUUCUCAAGAAGAAAAUCGACCACAACUGGUGCGUGGGAGAGGUGAACGGGAAGGUGGGCGCGGUACCGUUGAAUCACAUCAAGGUGCUGGUCCCGCUGCCGUUCCCGCAGUGCAAGGCUCUGUACGACUUUCGCAUGGGACCAACCGAGGAGGAAGGCUGCCUGACGUUCAAAAAGGGCGCCAUUAUCCAUGUGCUGCGGCGCGUCGACCAGAACUGGGCCGAAGGGCGGAUAGCGGACAAGAUUGGCAUCUUUCCGAUUUCGUUCGUCGAGAUGAACGGGCUAGCGAAGCAUCUGAUGGACUCGUCGCUGAAGCAUCUCUUGGGAAACAACUCCAACCGUACCGUUCCUCCAACGCCGUUUGAUUUGAAUGCCAGCGCGACGAGUAGCAGCGACACGAGCUCGAGUGUGACCACUAGCCCCAACUCGUCGACGAGCACCACGAGCUCCAAUUCCAGCACGGCUCCGAGCAGCCCAACGGCACACUUCUUACAGCAGCAGGCUUCCGGAGCCGGACAGACCGCUACCAAGUCCCAGCACCAUCACCAGCAUCAUCGAUCCGAUCCGGUGAAUCGUGAAAAGCGUCACUCACUCACGACGGCCACCUUUGCUGCGGCCGGUGGAUCAUCUUCCGCCGGAGCACUGCAAACCUCCCAACCCGUCGCGCACCGACAUUCGAGCGAAAUGUUGAACCAUGAUGGCGCGGAAGGUGCCUCCGCCGCUGGGACCAACACGUCAUCUGCGUCACCUGCAGCGUCAUCCACUACUGCCGCAUACCAGAAGUGCAACCAGCCGAAAGCUAGUCAAAUGUACCACCAGCACCCACAACUGCCCGCAACGUACGUCGCCCUCUAUCCGUACAAGCCGCAGAAGCCAGAUGAAUUGGAGCUUAAAAAAGGAUCGAUUUAUUACGUUACGGAGCGAUGUCAGGAUGGUUGGUUUAAGGGAUCCAACUGGCAGAAGAAAUCCGGCGUGUUUCCCGGUAACUACGUUGCGAUCCACAAGGGAAGGGACGGUUGCACGUCUGGAAGCCGCUCGGGAAACGCUGCUUCGAGCGGGAAGCUGAACACCGUGGCCAGCCCCGGACAACAAGGAACGUCGGUGUCGAACUGUGCAGCUUCCGGUGCUCUGACGCCAACCAAUGGAUCAUCCUCCUCCUCUCAUCAGCAGCCACUUUUGUUGCAGCUUCCGGAAUUGCCACCUCGCAACACAGCAGCACAGCCGCAAGCGCAAGGAAUGAAAUACAUUGACUCGAUAUUUGGCCGGCAAGGAUCGCACGAUGGUGGAGGAGGUUCACCCAAUAACGAGCCACAGGCUGGGACGUUGGAGAACAGUGCCACGACCACGACUCCGACGUCAACAGCUACGUCCGUCGCUUCUACCCCGACGACUACGCCGACCUCGGGCAAGGUGAAGAAAGAUUCAUCGGCUGUCAGUCUGAUGAAGCGAUUGACCAACAUGAAGCGUUCCAAGUCACCGACGGGCGCCGGGUGCUCAGGUGGAACAACAAAUCCGGCGUACACCAGCGACGGAUCACUGUUCGAUGAGAUGGCAAGCAAUUCUCCGACCGGUGCUGGGGCUCAGUUGGCGAAGGCAAACUUCCAGCAAAUCGUAAAUCCGGUCCAUGUUCGAUCCGGUUCCUGUCCCAGUCAGCUGCUGCAAAACCUGCCCAUGGAUCUGGCACUGAACGGUGGCGGGGUUCCAUCACAUUCCCAUCAAACGUCGCAUCAUCAUCAGCAACAAAAUCUGGUGGCUUCGCUAAUGGCUUCCCGGGUUGAAAACGGAACCACACCCCUGAUGUACGGCUCGCAGCGUAUCAAGCCGCACAAAGAACGUCCUUCGAUGCAUGGCUUUAAAUACGGCGACCACAACGCGGGGAUCGUAACGGCCACCCCGAAACACAUUGCGCACGAAGCGCCAGCCUCAACGUCGCAUCUCGCCGGCAAACAGCAAACGCAGAUUUAUCACCGCAAAUCGCAAUCUCUCGACGCUUCGGCAAUUAUCUCACAGCUUGGCCCCGGACAGCACAGCUCGGCGGCAAUGACUGGCUCUUCGGGCAACAUGAACGGUGGAACGCCUUCGAAAUCUUCUAAAUCCUCGCACUCGCAAUCGGUCCGGGAGCGCUUCAAGUGCAUUGUGCCGUAUCCACCAAACAGCGAGUACGAGCUCGAGCUGCGUGUCGGUGAUAUCGUAAUGGUGCACAAAAAGCGCGACAAUGGGUGGUACAAAGGGACACACGCCCGGUCCGGCAAAACGGGACUCUUUCCGGCUUCGUUCGUCGAGCCGGACAUAUGAUAUCGUCACUGAGCGGGCGGCGCAAUGGGAGGCGCAGCGACAGUAGCGUAAAGUGCAACAAACCUUUGAGUACCUUUGAGAUUGGUUCGAUACUAUCGGCAACCUGAAAUUGGUUUUCUAUUGUGUUAACGUGUUCGUUACGGUGGCAGUGAACAGGCCAGC